AGAGUCAGCAGCCGAGAGCCGAAACGACAAAACGGUCCUUUUUUUUAAGAAAGUCCUGCCAACCAACUCCCACAGCGGUUGGCUGGUUGCGUUUUAAAAUAAAACAUCACUUUCUUUAUUGGUUUGAAAAUAUAUAUCCAACAAAACUACAAUCUCGGCAGUAGGAACCUGUCCCACCUAAUGACGAUGAGACCUCGGAGAUUUCUGGAGAGCCUCGUCAGGCCCUGGUUGCAUCGUGAAGACAGAGUGGGGAAAGAGGAGGAGAACUUGGAGGCGAUCGCCGCGCAGGAGCAGAAGGUGUUCGAGUACGACACGCUGGUGGCCGCCACCCAUAAUUUCCACCCCAAGCAGAAGCUCGGGGAGGGCGGAUUCGGGCCGGUUUUCAAGGGACAAUUGGAGGACGGGCGGGAGGUGGCGGUGAAGAGGCUGAGGAGGGGGUCGACUCAGGGGGGGAAGGAGUUCACGAACGAGGCGAUGCUGCUCUCGUGGGUGCACCAUAAGAACGUCGUCAACCUCUACGGCUACUGCGCCCACGCCGACGACAAGCUCCUGGUCUACGAGUACGUCCCCAACGAGAGCCUCGACAAGCUCCUCUUCUCUCCUCGAGGAGGAGAUGAUCCGGAGGUUGGCCGGAAAGGGGCAGAGCUUAUGGACUGGAAGCGGCGGUACGAGGUGAUGUUGGGGGUGGCGCGGGGGCUGCUGUACCUGCACGAGGGCGCGCACACUCCCAUCAUCCACCGGGACAUCAAGGCCAGCAACAUCCUUCUCGACAAGCGGUGGGCUCCCAAGAUCGCCGACUUCGGCAUGACCCGCCUCUUCCCGGAGGACCGCACCCGCGUUGCCAGCACCAACGGCUACAUGGCCCCCGAGUACGUCAUGCAUGGCUCCCUCUCCACCAAGGCCGACGUCUUCAGCUUCGGUGUCCUCGUCCUCGAGAUCAUCUCCGGCCAGCAGAAUUCCUCCUUCACCCCCAACCCCGAAGCUGAGAGCCUCCUCGAAUGGGCUUGGAAGCUCUACAAGAAGGGGCAGAGUCUGGAGAUGAUGGAUCCUGCCCUGAGAUCCACGGCAGUUCGAGAGCAAGUUGCAAUGUGUGUGCACAUAGGACUCCUUUGCACUCAGUCUGACCCCGCGCUGAGGCCAGACAUGAAGCGGGUGGUGGUGAUUCUGUCCAAAAUGCCAAGCACAUUAGAGGAGCCCAUCAGGCCUGGCAUCCCUGGGACCAGAUACCGGAUGAGAGCUUAUGGACCCCAAGGUUCCAACUACGCCAUGUGUGAGUCCUCAUCAAGCACGAUCAAUGCCUCCACUUCCAUAGCAAAUAAGGAGGCUGUCACCUCGACUACCACCACCAAUGCAAGCACCCAGAUGCCACCUUUAUAUCAAGAUCAACACUCUAUCCAACACUAGCAUUAUUCUUUUUAUUAUUAUUAUUAUUGUUCUUUCUUGUGUUAUAUCAGUAGGUGGUAGUUUUAUUUAGUUAUUUAGCUCUGCAUGUAAGUUUUUUAUAGGGAUUGCUUGGUUUUAAGUCUAGUUGAACUUCUUUUUUGGUCAAGUUGGUCCAGGCUUGAGUUAGGUCAAGCUAAGCCGGUUUAGUUGAACUUCGUUGGGCCUGAUUGAGUUAGGUUUCGGCCUUCUUUUUCGCUACUGGGCUAGGUUCGAACUAUAAUAUGUGGUCCCAAAAACAAACAAGUCCAAGUUCGAGCCUGCUAUUUUGAUGUUGCUAUGAAGCAUCAGGCCGACCUCCAAUUCUAGCUUGGCGCUAGAAAUACUCAAGUCUAUCUUUCCACUCUCUUGAGAAGAGAGAGCAAGGGGCAAGGAAUUCCUUUUUUUUAUGUUCAAAACAGUGGACUCGAUGGAUGCUAGCAAACCUAGCUAGCAUAUUGGCUUGUCCCAACUAGUACCUGUCUAAAGGGCCGACCUCCUAGUCCAUGCCUGAAUCGGUGCCUCACACCCACGCUACAAAUCAUUUACUAGUAUGGAAUGGUGUCAUUCUGGUGCGAUGUGCCUGUAUUCUCGAGUUUCUAAUCCUUAAUCAUCUCUAUUGCAGCUUUUUGAUAGCAGUGUGCUUUUCGUGGCCCCUCUUUUUGAUCCAUCCAACAAAUUCAUAAAUAAAAAAACU